AUGACGAGAGUGGGAGGAAACAAAUACUUGGCUGGAAAGUGUGAUUAUCAAAAAGCCAGAGAAAAGCUGAGGGCUUCGCUGACCUGUAAUACAUCGGAGCUACAAACAGAUGACGAACAAGAAGUAGUAGUAGCUAGGAAAAGAAAAAUUAAGCCAAGGCUCAUCUUUGGUGAUACAGACUCUGAAAGUGAGCCAGAGGAGAGGAACAAUACAAGACCCACUUAUCACUCCCUCACUCCAGCACCAACUAUUCCUCCACCGACUCCUAACUUUUCAGCUAGACCUCUGCCAGAUCCGAAUCAUGCUGAACAUCUUCAUUUCACUGCACCAACUAUUCCUCCACCGACUCCUAACUUCUCAGCUAGACCUCUGCCAGAUUCGAAUCAUUCUGAACAUCUUCAUUUCACUGCGGCUGCACCACUUGCUCCCGUCCCUCCACCUUUCAUACCUUCAAGUCCUCCAUGCCAGAUUUCUGCUGGACCUCUGCCUGAUCUGAGGCAAUGUGAUCGUGGUAGUUACACAGGUCCAGUGGCACUUGUUCCUACCCCUACGUCUCGCAUACCCUCAAGUCCUAGGCGCCGGAUCACUGCCACUCCUCUUACAAAUGACUAUCAAGGCCAUUGUUUUGUCCCCACUUUUAGACUGGGGAGGACUGGCACUGCACCUGUUCCUUGCUCUGCGGCUGAGCUGCACAUUCUAACUUUGCUGGAACAUAUCAAGGAGCAGCAGAUGCAGCUGGCUGCUGCUGUAAAUAACAUUGCUGCAAGAAUGGGGACGGAAACUCCUAUAGCUGAGAUGCCUCAAAAUAUCAGUGUUCCGCUGGCCACCAUGUCUGAAGUGGAAGAAUUGGAGGAGUGGCUUAAAGAUGCUAGAAACUCGCAUGCUAAGCAAAACAUGAUUUCGGCUCUCGGUGCUGUAGGAGGACAGAACUCCAAAAGAGUAACUUGGAAUGUACUUUCGAGGAUUUUCUCAAACACAGUGGCCAAACAGAUUAAUUGGAAAGGAGUAAACGGGAAAAGAAGUUUUAAAGAAAUGCUGACACAAACUCUGUUGAUCAAGGCUGUACGGAAGAACCAAGUUGCUAGCAGCGCAUCGGACAACGAAAUUAACCAGCAUGCCAUCCGCUGGUUCAACCUGGCCUCUGACCGCGGAGGUGGCCGCAAAGAACGUGCCAUGGCCAGAGAUGCAUUAACCAUGGAAUGAACGCAUCGGCCAUCCCACACUCUCCAUGUUUGUUGGACGUUAUGUGAGGGCUGUUUGCUGCUUGCAGAAAUUAGCUGUAGAAAUGUUCUGUUAGCAGUU